CAACAUCUUUCCUGCUUCUCUCACAUGUCUUGUUUUUGGCAGAGAGGUGGAUGGAAGAGUGACCUGGAGGACCUGAGCCAUGUCCCGAUCAGAAGACGCCUUGGAGAUGCCCGCAUUGGGCCGCCCCUUCCAGCUGGGGAUGCUCUACGACUGCCGGAAAGACGUCCUCAUCCCAGGGAUCACCCUUUGGGACCUGGACUCACUUCAGAAGGAUGUGAGCAUCAGACCCCAGCCGAAAACUGAAUUUGAGAUCAUCGCAUCUGACUCCAUUGACGACAAGGCCUCUGCCCUCAAUGUCUCAGCCUCCCUCAAGGCCAGUUUCCUGGGAGGAUGGGGAAAGUGGGCGGGUCUGCCAAAUACUUCCAAGAUACCAAGAAGUCCAAGCAUCAGGCCAGAGUCACCUUACAGUACAAGACGACCACCAGGUAUGAACAGCUGACCAUGAGUCAUUUGGGAAUCCAGAAUGUCUCCCAUCCGACUGUCUUUGAACAUGGGACUGCCACCCAUGUGGUCACCGCCAUCUUGUAUGGGGCCCAGGCUUUCUUUGUCUUUGACCGCAAAGUUUCCUCUUCAGAAUCUGUGCAAGAGAUAGAGGGAAAUCUCCAAGUCAUGAUUGGAAAGAUAAUAUCUAUCAAAGGAGAAGCAGAGAUCCAGAUGGAUGAGAGAGAGAAAUCCCAGGCUCAGAACUUCAGCUGCAAAUUCCACGGAGACUUUUCUCUGGAGAGCAAUCCGGUGAGUUUCCAGGAUGCCAUGCAAGUGUACACUACUCUUCCCAAAAUGGUGGGAGAGGAUGGCAAGAAGGCCGUGCCCAUAAUGGUCUGGCUCUACCCACUGACCAAGAUGGAUUCUAGGGCAGCCAAGAUGGUGCGCGAAAUCAGCUUAGCACUGAUCUUUGAUGCCCAAAGGAUUCUGGAGGAACUCAGUGAAAUUGACAUGAGAUGCAGUGACUUGGCACAGAAUCCCAUUGCCGAGACCUUCCCAGAAAUCAAGAAGAAAACCCAGCGUUUCAAGGAUCUCUGCAAGCAACACAGGCAGACUUUCCAGAAGGAGCUGGCAGGAAUCCUGCCUUCCAUCCGCGGAGGAGGAAGAGAGGAAGGAGCGCUUGUGGACAUCUUGAGGUCUGUAAACCAGUCCCCCUUCAACAGCCGAAAGCUCAAUGAGUUUCUGAACGCCAAGGAACAAGAGAACCAUUUUGUGAAAUCGUACCUUACUAUCCUAAGUGGGAUAGAAACCAUCUCCUCCCAGAGCAAACUGGAAGAAAUCGUGCUUGACCCCCAGAAUGACUUUGUCCUCUGCUUUGCCUUCACUUCUUUACAUGACGAGGAACCAUUUUUAUCCACUUUACAGCUUUGUCUUCAGAAAGAAGGUUUGGACGAAAAAGCUAAUUCCAAAUGCAAGGCCUGGCAUGAGCACAAAGAGACAAAACAAAAGGCUCGGAAAGCUGCCAGAUCCAUUUCGGACUUUGCUCGUGUGAAUAAACCCAGAGGAAAGACCCGGUUUGUGAUGGCCUCUGUGCCAGACCAGGAGAACCCAGGAGCGUCCAUUUACCUCUAUGAAGACGGGGAGCUGGUCAGCAGGAGCUUCGAUCUGCCCCCAAAACCUCUCCCUCUUCUUGUUAGCAGAAUUCAACAUGACCGGGUGCAGCUGACCUUUCAACCGGCUGAAUAUGGAAGGGCCAAUGUCACCGGCUAUCGAGUAGAGUCCAGGAUCGCAGGGGAAGAGGCCUGGAAGGCUGUGGAUACGGAGGACAGCCAGGAGACAUUCAUACUGAAAGGCCUGAUCCCAAACAGGGAGUACCAGUUCCAGUACGCCGCUAGGUGCAAGCCAGGCCACAGUGAGACCAGUGAGACCAGUAAACCAGUGAAGACCCUUCCCACCAGCCCCCCUGGGAAGCCCAGAGAAGUAACAGUGGGGUCUUCCAUGGUUUCUCUUUCCUGGGGGAGUCCCAGUGUCAUUGGAGAGGGAGUCCUUAUAAAGGAGUACAAAGUGGAGUACAGAGAGGAAGCUCACAAAGAGAAAGACAGAUGGAAUGAAAUAAAGACAGGGAAAAGAGCAGAGUUCUGUGAGAUUGAUGGACUGAGGCCUCAGACGCUCUAUAGACUCCGAGUGACAGCUGUCUGUUCUGAUGGGACUCAAAGCGCUCCAAGUGAUGAGAUGGAAGUCUCUACCUCCCUGAAAGAAGAAGAAGAGAAGGGACGACUAGCUCUUAAGUACGUUCGAACAAGCAAAGCGGUGGCAGAAGGGCAACCCUCUCUCUAUGUUCUUCCGCUGAAGUUGGCAUCAGGUGCCACAGCAUCCUGCCUGACCUAUCACCUGGGAAAGGAGAACCUGGGGGUCCCCAACAAAGUCAUCAUGGUGAUGGGAGCCACGGGGUCCGGGAAGACCACCCUCAUCAACGGGAUGGUCAACUACAUCCUGGGCGUCCGAUGGGAAGACCCUUUCCGAUUCAAACUCAUUCACGAAGAGACCAACAGGAGCCAAGCGGAGAGCCAGACCUCCGAUGUGACGGCUUAUGUGGUGAAUCAUCAGAAGGGAUUCAGAGUUCCUUAUUCCCUCACCGUUAUUGAUACGCCUGGAUUUGGGGAUACCAGGGGCAUAGAGCAUGAUAAGUCGAUAACACAGAAGAUCCGGAACUUUUUCUCCACUGCAGGAGGCACUGGCCACAUAGACGCCAUCUGCAUUGUAGUCCAGGCCUCCUUGGCUCGCUUAACUCAUGCCCAGAAAUAUGUGUUUGACUCAGUCCUCUCCAUUUUUGGGAAAGAUAUAAAGGACAACAUCCAAGUCUUAGUUACCUUUGCGGAUGGACAGACCCCUCCUGUCCUGGAGGCCAUUAAAACAGCCAGUGUGCCAUGUGCUAAAGAUGCCAGCGGGACCCCUGUCCACUUCAAGUUCAAUAAUUCUGCUCUUUUUGCCAGCAAUCCUGUACAAAGUGGAGGCAGCUUUAAUUUUGAUGAGAUGUUUUGGAAAAUGGGUUGUAUGAGCAUGAAGACAUUCUUUGACUCAACAAACACAUUAGAACCUAAAAGUUUGACUUUGACGAAGGAAGUCCUCCAGGAACGGAAACAUCUGGAAGCUGCUGUGGAAGGCCUGCAGCCCCAAAUCCAAGCAGGUCUGGUCAAACUGGAAGAGCUGAGGAAGACCCAACUAGCUCUGGAUCAACACAAGGAUGAGAUGGCGGCCAACAGGGAUUUUGAGUAUGAGGUGGAAAAAACUGUCCCAGAGAAGGAAGACAUCUCUGGAAGUGGGAAUUUCAUAACAAAUUGUAUGAAUUGCCAUUACACCUGUCACUAUCCUUGUGGAAUUCCUCGGGAUGACCAAAAGUACAAUUGUGCAGCUAUGACUUCUAAUGGAACGUGCGCUGCAUGUCCUGGAAAGUGCGUAUGGACUGUCCACUUCAACCAAAAGUACAAGUUUUCCUAUAAAGUUGUAAAAGAGAAGCAUACCUAUGAAGAGCUGAAGCAAAAGUAUGAGCGUGCUUCUGGUGAGUUGAUGACCACAGAGAAAGUAAUUGAAAACCUCAGCCAGGAGUAUGAAGCGGUCAAGUACAUCUUGGAAGAGCUGAUCAAGAAGUCCUCUCAAAGCCUGCGGCGCCUGCAGGAGAUCGCCCUGAAGCCCAACCCACUCUCCACCCCAGAGUACAUCGACCUGCUCAUCAUGGCCGAAAAGGAGGAGCUGAAGCCGGGAUACAAGGAGAGGAUCCAGUCCCUGAACGAAGUCAGGAGGCAGGCUGAGAUCAUACAGAAGAUCGCUAACAACAAGCCCCUUCUGCCCGAAGAAAAGGUUAUGUAUGAGAAGACUGAUCAAAAGAAGAAUUCCAGUCUUGGAAAAUUAAAGGAAGGUGUGAUGGCUGUCAAAACUUGGUUCUCCUCCUGAGGCGGUAAUGCACCCCUUUCUGUUUGCUUCUUUGCUGUCACCAGUACCUCCAUAUUAGAUGAGUUCUACAUUCAGAGAGGAGGAGGAGGAGGAGGAGGAGGAGGAGGAUGUGCCAGCAAUGUUUUCACCCAGUGGCGUCACUUGGGUACGGGACGCACCAGGCGACACCCCAGGAAAUGGGUGACCCCUGUUUUGGGCCCUCUUCCCACAAAACAACAACAAUAAGGAUUGGCUAGCAACACUUUGCAGAAGUUUAAUGCCCACCUGGUUCCUAGAAAGGGUUGGCUCCUCUGAGCCAGAGCCAAGGCAGUGGAGGGGAUGGGGGUGGGUGACAUUAGGCCCAAAUAAUAAUGAUAAUGAUAAUACUAAAGUUUCUUUAUGGUCUGUUAUGGGCGAGCUCUUCAAGGAGCCAGCCAAGUCUGUUCGGCUGAACUUGGAUGCAGGCUCCAAUUCAACAACAAGGGCACCGGUGAAGGACGCCAGCAGCCCCUCCUCACCUGCCAGGGAGGUCCAAAGAACUGCAGGCUGCCAAAGCCAGAGGGGGCCCUAUGGACCAUGUAGCCCAGCCCCAUUCUUUCAAGGGGCAAACGAACAGGAUGGGCAUCCCCUGUGUCUCUCUGUGUGGGAGGAGGAUCUCAGAUGCUCCCUAAGGGAGCCCUUCCCCAGAGUGGGAGGAGGAGGACAAGGAGGACCCCCCCAUAGAGCCCUUGCUCCACGUCCCCUCCCCUCCAUCUUUUCUUUUGUUUUGGCUCCAGCACACUUUCUUGGUUCUUGCCAAGGUGCCCCUUUUUUGGAGAGGAGGGGGUGUCUGCUGGGUGCUUUCUCUUUGGCUUUGGCCUCAGCUGGGUGCCCCUUCCAUGCCUUGAACGGGAACAUUCCAGUAGGAUCCCCCCAGAAAGACCAAGCAGCAGCCUCGCAAGACACAUCCCCCUCCCCAAAAGUGAGAGGGAGGGAGGGGGUGAAGAGAGGUGCCCUUGCUCCUUUUCCAGCGCAAUGUGGGGAGAGGGCAGACUGACUGACUCCCCUGGUUCUUAUGUGCCAGUGCUCCAUGCAAAGCGGCAAGUGCCUUAGGGUCACCAUAACUUGGAAACAAAUUGAAAGAUCACGACGACAACAACAACAACAAUGGUGUGAUACAGGAGGGGGUAAAUGUGUGGCACCAUGGGUUACUGCCCCGGGUGAUGCCAACCCUAGUGAUGCCACUGUCCUCAGCAAGGCCUUCCUCUGUCCAUCGCUGCAGAGAAAGAGUUUGUCCACCACCGUGAAGGAUAUUACAUACUCUGGCCUGGUCAUUGUCCAUCCGUUGCAUUGUGCCUGUUUUAUCCUCCACCUGUGGCCUGAACACUCUCUUUGAAAUGACAGCAGAAUUGUUAUUCUUGCGCUAAUCUUUACACGUGUUCAUUGUAACAAUCAAAUCAAAUGCUUUGAUUUCCCCUUUGUUGGGUAUAGCAACUUCGCAUGCUAAGACUUUCUAGUAAUGCAUGUCUAUGGUAGUUCAUUGCUUACUAACAACCCCCUCCUCAGUUCCUGUUUACCAUGAGGACACCUAAUUUCCUUUGUCUUGAGUGAAGAAGAAGCAGGAUGAAUCGCCAUUCGUACUAACUUGCUUGCAAACUCAUCAUCAGCAUGUCUAUCUCCGGAGCGGAAGCAUGCUGAGGGAGCAUCUUUCCUGAUAUGUAUGGAGACUACCUUUUCUACCUCAUUUUUCUUGCAACAUGAAGCUAGACCGGUGUAUCUUUUCACACACAUGAUUUUGUAAGUAAACUUAUUUUCUUUUUCACUUUCAACCAAGUGAGUGUGUGUUUUUAAUGGGGACACUGGGGGCUGGAAGAGAAAGGAGUGGAGCUAGCUAAAUGUUUUCCUGCUUGCCCCAUCAUCAUCAUUUUUCUGCUGUGUAAGCUCUGCUAGUCAGAUUAAACAAUCUUGCUUACUUUCCUGAGAAAGAACUACAUUUCCCAACACCUUUUCACUGUGAUGAGAUGAUGACACUCUAUGUCUGUAAACUGAUCUACUUGUAUCACUGCCUCAUUACUAGUAACACUUGCUUUUAACCCUUUCCCCCUAGAAUCCAGAUGUUUUUCCCCAUUUAGAAUAUAGAAAGCAUGUUUUGUAAAGCUGUUUUGCCAGGUGUCUUCCUGUUUUUGAUUGCCUGAAGUUUAGUCAUUUUAAAGUUGCCAUUCCAACUGGAGCACAAUUAUUUGCUUUCUGAAUGAAUCGAGUUCUCUCUCUCUCUGUUUGCUUGACUUGAUUAGAAAUAACUGGUUUACUUAAAGAAUUAUGUUGUGAAGUCACUUUGAAUUUCAAUAAAGUGCCAAAUUACCAA